AUGGCGCCGAUGAAGAACAGCCAUGUCCUGGCUGCUCUCCUCCUCAUCGCCUGCAUCGGCCAUGAUGCGGUGGGGGCCAUUAUUCCCGCUACGCCAGACGCCAGCCUACAGCUGCAGUGCGGCAUUCCGGCUCUGUCCCGGUCUAAACCGGCUAACAUCGCGGAGAUGCAAGGCCGGAGCAGGGGCAGAACUGGGCCUGUCGUCUCCGCCUCCGGCGUUACCGUGUGGGCCAACGUGAGGGCAGACAGCAACGCCGCCUUCAUGAUCAGCCUGGGCGUCAUUCGCAACAGCAGCGGCGGCCUGCUCUCCUCCAUGCUGCUGGCCAACCAGUGCAGCGUGGUGGUCACCACCCCGUUGGCCGCCUGCAACGUGUCCCUGGCCGGCGUCACUGGCACGCUCAGCGCGCCGGUUCAGGUCCUCGGCGACGACGUGCUCAGCAGCGACAUCGGCGUGACCGGUUUCGUUGCCGGGCGUUUCUCCUUUGUUGAUAUAUAA